AUGGUUAUUCAUUAUAACUCCAAUACCAAGGAACCUUACCUGAGGCUCCCAGAGCCACACGCAAACAUUAUUCUCACACCGCACCGGCCUAACAGCCUUAAUGAGACCUCUUCAGCACUGGUAGAGAUCCUCAAUGACCCACGAGUUGCUCUUCGUCUACAACGUACCCCAUACCCAUAUUUGAGCUCUGACGGCGAACAAUGGGCCAAAGCGAACUGUAAAGAUCAGGAAGGGAUCCUAUCCGCCUUGCGGGAGGAGCUUGAAGAACCGGGAAACACAGCAGUCCAAAAGGAUACCGGCAACGUUCCGCACCAUGGAAGGCCGUUUGUUGACAUUUCCCCGUUCACUUGCAUCCGGGAAGUGCUCAAGAUAGACCCUGGGACUGGGACUCCCGUCGAAGACAUUCUCAUUGGCGAUAUCCGGUUGGCUCGCUCAAGUUUCGACGAAUACCCCGAAGGAAGCGAGGAAAGAUCACUAGCUCAGAAAGGAAAUGACGAGUUACUUGCUGGAGACGAAAAUAUUGUCUGGAGCUUGGCCGACUUUCUGGCUCCGAGUCACCAUGGUAGGGGAAUCAUGACCCUAGCCGUGAGAACUAUCAUUCAUGAUUGGGCGAUUCCUCGAAUGAAUGUCCGACGAUUGAAAAGCUGGGCGUUCGAAGAUAAUGAAGGCAGCCUUAGAGUCUUUGAAAAGAACAAUUUUAUUCGCGGGCAUACGUUGAAAGACUGGGCACUAGUGACUGAAAGCAGGGGUGGUGGUAAGAAGUCUAUCGUGUUGAUGGAAUGGACAGGAGAAGAUGAUGAUGAAUAG